AUGCUUGCACAGAGACACACCCUCCUGAAAGUCAAUUUCGAGUGCGGUAGCAAGGAUGUGGAUGAAAAAACCAGAGCUUCAGGUCUUCAAUACGAUACCAACAACUACCGCCCUCCAGUGCAACUCCCUCCUUUCCCGGGUCAAUGGCCAGUCACUAGCAACAACGGAUCAACGGAACCAUCGUCCGCAGCAUCCUUUCAUCCGCGGUUAGACCAUUCGAUAGGGUCAACAGACCUUGCGGGCUACGGCAUCAAUUUUCUUGGGGCCAUCAUGCGAGCAGAGUCUGAGUUGCUUCAACAAAUUCAGGAAGUGCGCAGUGGCUCAAAAGAAAUUACCGAAGUGAACCCAGCCGUUUUCGAAAGAGUGAUGGAGCUUUAUGAAGAAGCGACUGCCCUCCGAAAGUUGGAAAUUGCAGCUCUGGAUCUCGAGAUUGCAAAUGGGAAGAAUAUGAUUGCACAAUCGAUGCUAAACGAGGAAGGCUUGUUAUGGUACCAAGGCAGAGUGUUUGAAAUGAUACUUCAGAAAGAGUCGCUAGAAAAGAAGAUUGAGUCUCAAGAACUUGAGCUCAUGAAACCAGAAAAGGUGUCCCAAGCAUUAUCCUUUGCAUUAGAAUUCUGAAUAAAAGCGACUUUUCUCAUUAGUGCAGUGCUCUUGGAGUUCUUUAGACUCGUAUGCAAUGGGCGACUAAUCGUCAUGUAAGUGGUCUAUGCAAUGAUCCGCCGUGCGAGUAAAUCGCACUAUGCGCUGCUGUGCUCUGCUAUUCUACUCUGUGUUGCUCUAAGCUGCAUUGUAUUACAG